AUGGUGAAAAAAAAACAGAUCAAGAUUCAAGUGCACUGUGCAAGUCCAAUACCUCCUACCAGCAACGAGUGGCUGUGGAGCAACAGCAGUCAUAUCCAAGUACAGCUGGCCGGCUGGGACGACGGCGGCUGCGAGCUCACCUCCUGGGAGGCCGAGUACCGCCCCCUUGGGACCAGGGGGUGGAUACGGGCACAUAAUACACUGGCUUACACCAACCUGCCUUCGUGGGGUCUUCCAAGCCUCUACCAGUCCAAGAGCCCGUCAUACAGGACCGGGUCCUUCGCCAUCGGAGACCUGGCAUCUGGAACCUGGUACCAGGUCCGGAUCACCGCUGUGAACGAGGCUGGAAGUGUUACCACUACGUAUAGUUACGCCACGAAGAAUGAGGAUGGGAGUGAGAUCGGGCCUCCGUCUGACCUGUUCGACCUGAAUAUGCUAGUCAUCAUCUGCAGCUCCAUCCUGCUCACGAUAUGCCUGCUGAGCUGUAUCUACAUCCUCGUCAAAAGACAAAGAAGCGGCAACCUCACCGAGUACCGCGACUCCAUAACGGUGGACAACAAGUCUGAGAGCGGCAACUUAACAGCCAACACGUCGCACACCAACCUGGCCAACGCCAAGGAGACGGCUCUCAACGCACAGAACAGGAUAUACAGCGCGCCGCUGCAUUUGAGGAACAAUAGCAAGCAUGAACUGUACGAAAUAAGUCCAUACGCUCAAUUCGCGGUUGGUUUCCGCACCUUUGGGCAUGUGGAAAACCAGGACAUGCCCAGUCGACACAACAAACACGCGAGAUAUGAUACAGAGACCAGUUUUCAAGUGUGUUCUGAGUCAGAGGACAGUGAUAGUAUCUCUAAGUCUACGUUGAAGAGUGUUCCAAGAAAAGUCUGCAGAACCCCCCACCAUAGAUAACUAGGCAAAGAAGUCUUGGAUUUUUAAAGUCCAAGAAUCAACUUUAUUCAAAGGAACAUUAGGAUCAAGUUUAUUUGAAGUUUAUAAAUUUUAAUCCCUUUGUUUUGAUUUGAGAACUUUAUAAAUUGUUUAUGCCUUUAGAAACCUGUUAUUUUGUAUUUUAGAAUCUUUAGAUAGGACUGUAUAUAAAAUGUAUAUAAUUCUUAACUAGUUCACGGCUGGGCUUAACAUUUAAUAGUUUUUACGCUUCUAAGUACUCACUGCCAGUUGGUGCUUUUUUUUUUUACAAAAUUUGAGUGUAUUUUUGAGUCGUUUAUUUUGAGUAUAACUUUUACUGGUGAGGUACUUCAUUGUUAAUAUUUUAAUGCCUAUUUAAAAGUUAGAAUACUGUAAGAAUACUGAAACUCUUUACCCAGCCAAUGUGUCAUUGUAAAUAUCAUAAAUGCACAGGAUGUUUGAAUAAUAAAUAGCUGUAUCCUGUGAGACAACUUUCGCAAAGAUAAAGAUUUACGAUUUCUACCAGCAUAAAAUUCCAUGUUUACAUUAUUUAUCAAAAUAUCUACAGCUGUCUGGUAGCUUUGUAUAGUCUAUGAGUAAAUGACGCUAUAUCCAAAUUGGGCAACAUUUUUCACGGAAAUCGUCAAAUUAUUUUCUCCCAAGAUAUUGCAAUAGUUAAAACAAACACCCUGUAAAAUCCGUCAAGAAAUAAUUCUAUAAUUAUUUCAACUUCAACGUAAUAA